AUGUCAUCAACUAAUUCGCUUAUUCAACAUCUUGUCGUCCUGUGUCAUGGACUUCAAGGAAAUACAGGACAUUUGGAAUACAUUGAAAAAGAAUUACCGAAAAUGCUUUUAAAAGAACAAGAAGAAGCUUCACUUCAACAACAAGAACAAUUCAUCAUGUUGAAUAUGAGUGCCAAUAAUAAUGGAUAUUUAUGGAAUUGGUCGAGCACGAGUGAUGGAAUUGUCCAAGGAGGAAAACGACUAUUGAAAGAAUUAUCCAAAAUAUUAAGCCAAAAAUAUGGAAAUGAUUUUGAACAUGCAACGACUGACAGGACAGCAUGUCUCAAUACUUGUACUCUUCCCUCACGAAUUUCGUUUAUUGGAUCUUCGAUGGGUGGUUUAUAUUGUCGAUACAUGAUGGGAGAAUUAUUUGAUGAAGAAAGGAAAACCAUUCGCGUUCCAAUUAUGGUCAACACGUCCAAAUCAAAAGAUGAACCUAAUGAACGAUACUUGUCUUUGGAAUUGAUGAAUUUCAUUGCUUUGGCAAGUCCUUUAAUUUCUGUCAGAUGUUUAUUGGCUCCAUAUUUGUAUGUGGGCUUGAAAAUUGCAUUUUUCUGGGGAACAGGAAAUGAAAUGGUUUUGGAGGAUGGAAAUUCUGAUAAAAAACCUUUCAUUUACGAGAUGAAUGAUGGAAAAUCAAAAUAUUUCAAAGCUUUGGAAAUUUGUAAAAAAAGGAUGACACUCUGUAGUGUGAAACAAGAUGAAGAUAAGGUUCCCUAUCAAACGUCAGCAAUCAUUCCAUUGAAAUUUGGUGAAGAGCAUAAUGGUAUGCAUCAUUCCAAGAAAUGUAAAGAACUUGUACAUUUGAAAACGAUACAUGUGAAACAUGUAUUUGUCGAUGAACCCUAUGCAUUUUCUUCAUUGGAUACGAUGGUUGUAGGCUCAAAGAAGAAUAAUUUUUUUUAUUUUGAAAAUGAUUCCAAGAAGGAUCUAAUCUUUGAAAUGAUUGAAAAUCUUAGAGCAAUGGAAUGGAUUAGGAUUGAAAUUGAUUUGUAUCAUCGACAAGCAGCAGUCAUUAAUCGCAACAGAAAGGAUAUUCUUACUGUCAUUUCGAAAUUGUGGUAUUAA